AUGAAUGAAUCUGUGUCCAAGGAGUUGGCUAUCUCCAGACGCAAAGCCCUAGUGGUCAAACAAGUGAAUAUACAGUCAUACCUCUUGGGCUGGCUCCGGCCUUGCUUAACACUGAAUGGCCUGAAGAAGUCGACUCCGGUUAAGUUUACCCUAGGCAAGGCCAGAGAGGCCAUAGAAAAUUGUGUAUUACUCGAUCCCGAUACAGGUUAUUCCAGAGCAAGGAUAAUAUUACAGGACCAGUUCGGACAGAACUACAUAGUGGCUAGAGCUCAUCUGGAGGAGGUUAUCACUAGAUCACCACUUAGGGUGACGGACAGCCAAGGUCUGUGGGAUCUAGCCAGAGACAUGAGGAGGUGUCAGAUGACAACUUCUCAGAUGGGGUACUCGGCUGAUAUGAGUACAACGGAUACCCUACUGAAGAUUCAACAUCUUCUCCCAGUCCACAUUCAGUCCAAGUGGGCAAACCGAGCACAUUCACUGAUGGAACAAUCAGUGAUGCCCAACUUCUCCCAUCUGACGGACUUUAUUGAAGAAUCCGUUUAG